AUGGAACGUAAACUGCCACGAGGAGCCAUCGGAUCGGGCAGGCCCGGGGGCAGAGGCGGCCCGCGUCGCCCACCAGGCCUCCCCCGAACCGCGGCUGGCGGACCCAGCCGGCCCAGGUCGCAGCAACAGCAGGCCGCAGCCACGCCCAAGAAGCGCACCGGAUUUGGUGUGGAGGUGGGCAAGGCGCCGGAGAGCGAGGCAGAGAAGAAGGCGGCCGGGCUCAAGCUGCUGCCCAAGGCCCAGCGUGUAGUCAAAGUCAAUGUCUCGUGGAAGAACCUCACCGCCACCGCCACCGCCGGCGCUGAUGGCGCGGCCGCCGGCAAUGCCUCCUCCCCUUCCUCCUCCUUCUCUCUUUUCCACAACAACGUGUUUGCCAAUCUGCUGGCGGAGCCCUCGGCCGACGCAGCGAACGGUGGCCAGCUGUCAGCCGCCGAGAAGAAGAAGCUGAAGAGGAAGCAAAAGAAACAGCAGCAGCAGAAGGAAUCCUCCGGCACCGCGCUUGGCCAGGCACGCCUCUCCUCCCCGAAGGACUCUGCCGCCAGCGACCCGGCCACGCCAGCCGAGGGCGCCGACGUCGACGCCGGUGCCGACGCAGAAGCCGCCGCGGCGAAGAGAAAGGCCAAGACCGAAGCCGAAGCCCGGAGGAAGCAGCAGGAGAAGGAGGACGAAGAGGCGCGAGAGCGGAGCAGGCGAGAGGCCGAGGCCGAGGCUGCGCGGAAGAAGCAGGCCGCCGCCGCCGCCGCCGAGGAGAAGAAGAAGAAGGAGCGUCAGCAGCAGCAGGAGAAGGAGCGGAAGCGGCGGGAGGCCGAGGCCGAGGCCGCGCUGGCCCGGCAGCGGAAGGCGCAGGAGGCCGAGGCCGAGGCCAAGCGACGGGCGGCGGCCGAGCAGCAGCAGCAGCAGCAGCAGCGGAAGGCGGAGGAGGAGCAGAGGCGCAAGGCCGAGAAGGCCAGGCAGCAGCAGGAGCAGGAGAACAUGAAGAAGAAGCAACAGCAGCUUGAGGAGAAGGAGAAGGAGCGAAAGCGAAAGGUCGCCGAGGAGGAAGAGAAAGCGAAGAAGGAGAAGGAGCGUCAGCAGACAACGACGAAUGGUCCUGCCGGCGAGAAGCAGGCGGAUGACCUGCGCGGUGCGGUCCGAGAGGCCGUGCGAGCGGUGCUCAAGGAGGAGCUGGGCGCACUCGUGGCCCAGGCCGUGCGCGCGGAGCUCGCCAAGCAGCCAUCGACGCCUUCGGUCGCGAUCGCGCCAUCUUCAUCGACGUCGGGCGGCGAUGUGUCGACGCGCCUGGCCGCCGUCGAGGAGCAGAGCGCGAGGGCCGAGCGCCUGGCCGAGAACCUGCACGCCACCCUCGCCGCCCUGCUCAACCCGGCCCUCCUCGCCAUCCCGCCCGAGGAAGCCGAGCAAUGA